AUGCUCGUAUCGUCCACUUUGUGUCCCUCAGAUCGCACCUCCGUGCAUUUAUUCGUCGUACAUUACGACGAAGACCGUGUCUUGGUGCCCGUGAAUUCAUACGUGAAGUAUGCGGAUUUGCAGGAUUACGUUGCGAAGGAAUGGAAUCUCGAAAAGGAAAGCAUUGCUUUGGAAACGGAUGAACUGGAUAUCUGCGCGGGGAUAAAAAUACGGAUCCAUGAGGAAACUUGGAUAUGGAUCAAGGACCUCGUAGGGAAUGUAUACGUUCGCGUCCGAUACCCCAGCCAUGCCAAUGCUAGACCGGAAAGGCAGCAAGUUGCACUUGCAUCUAAUGUGAAAUACGAACCGAAGCGUGAAGGACUUGAAAUGAAUGGAGCGUCGUCAGAAUCUGCGGAUGAAGCAGAAGUAGAACAACAGACGAGCACGGGAACUCUCGAAAGCGAACACGUUGGUGGUACCCCAUUAGAUGGAAAUCAUGGCCAGGAUGUCGAAGUGAAUGGUCAUGAACACGAACAACCAGAUGCCCCUACACAAGGGCCGGGGGAGCCGAAGCCAGUGGGAGAGGGAUUUGAAAUUCAACUGAAUGUUUUCAAUAAUGAAGCAGAUGCAGGAGAGGAACCUAAAGAAACUCUGAGGGAGAAGGAACAGACUUCGAAACCGACUGCUGAAGAGAAACCUUCUUCUGGACGGUUGCUAGAUUCAGGCAGAGCAGCACCUGAGAACCCACCUAACAGUGCAACUACUUCAACCACUGGGUCAACUUUAUGUACUUUCUCUAUUUGCCCUGCUAGGGAAGGCGAGAAUAACAGUCAGCCACGCUAUGAGCCCAUAUCCGAAAGAUUAGGACCGCAUGAACAAGGCGUCAUCAUCAAUGUGGAACCUCCACCCAACAGCUACUACAGAACUCGCAGAUACAGAUUCUAUCGUGAACGCAAAGUGGUCAGCGUCCUUAAGUAUACAUGCAAAGCAUUCAGUAUCGAUUACAUGAAGUAUGCUAAACAUUUCUACCUCCUUAAAGAUGUUCUGACCAGUUUGAAAUUUCAUAGAGCACAACUACUACAGGAUCUUGGUAUAGACUCUGACGGAGAACGAGUCUUGUUCAAUUGCCAUGACUUCCAAACAAUGGGAGAUCUCGAAGUAGGGGAUGAGCUUCACUUAGUCAUUAGAAUGGUCAAUUAA